AUGGAUAUGGAUAUCGAUGGAACAGACGGAAAGCCUUAUGUACUUAUAGAACCUCGUAAAUUACCAGUCACUAAGGGGUCACGAAACAGAGUAAACUAUACAAAUGGAGAGUCUUCAAAUUCUCUUUUGAACACUUUUUCAGAGCCUAAAACGGGGAUAGUUUAUGAUAGAAGGAUGCGUUACCAUGGAAAUAUUCAUGAAGACGAACACCACCCUGAAGAUCCAAAGAGGAUUACCGUUAUUCAGGAAAAAAUAAAAAAUACUGGUUGCUUAAACAAAAUGGUUUUAAUAAAAGCUCGUGAAGUUUCGGCCGAGGAGGCCUGCCUUGUACAUACUGAGGACCACUGGGACUUUGUUACAAAGACUGCGCAUAUGAGUGAUAAUGAAUUAAUAAAAAAUGCCGAUGAAUAUAAUUCUAUUUACCUUAAUAACGAGACAGCAUUUUGUGCAAGAUUGUCAUGUGGUGGUGUAAUCGAAUUAUGCAAAGCUGUUGUUGAUGGAACUGUUACGAACGGUUUUGCAAAUGUUCGCCCUCCGGGUCAUCAUGCGGAAAUUAACGAGCCAAUGGGAUUUUGUAUUUUUAAUAAUGUGGCAGUUGCGACCCAAUGUUUAAGAAAACAUUACAAUGUAGAAAAAGUCUUCAUACUUGAUUGGGAUAUUCAUCACGGUAAUGGUACGCAAAAGGCUUUUUAUAACGACCCUAAUGUUGUAUAUUGUUCGAUACAUCGAUAUGAGAAUGGUCAUUUUUAUCCUGGUGAUAAGGCAUUAGCUAACUAUACAGCAAUAGGUGGAGGUGAGGCCAAAGGCAAAACGAUAAAUAUACCGUGGCCCCGUGCGGGGAUGACUGAUAGUGAUUAUAUAUUCGCGUUCAAUAAAGUAGUAAUGCCCAUAGCUUACGAAUUUUCACCAGAUAUUGUAAUUGUUUCAGCAGGUUUUGAUGCUGCCGAAGGCGAUCCUAUUGGCGAAAAUCACGUGACACCGAGUGGAUUCGGUCACAUGACUCAUAUGUUGAAGACUCUGGCUAACGGCAAACUUAUUUUGGCCUUAGAGGGAGGAUAUAAUCUUGACUCUAUAUCAAAAUCUGCUCUUGCUUGUGUAAAAGUUUUGCUUGGGGAGCCACCAAGUAAAUUAGGUCCAAUAAAUCCCAACCAAGAUUGUUUGGAGACAAUUCACCAAGUAAUUCGUACACAAUCGAAAUAUUGGAAUUGUCUUGCUCCGGUAUAUUAUGCUACCGAAGAUCGGUUACCUGGACAACUUCUUGUAGAUAUGGCAGAGAUGCUUAAAAUGUACAGGACAAGAAAUUUAUAUUCAAAAUAUAAAUUAAUUCCAGUACCAUUAUCCGAUGGCAAGUUAGGACAGCGAUUCACAAAUUUGGCUUGUUGCAGGGCUGAUACUCGUGCCACGUCGAAUUCAAUCAAUGUUUCAAAUUCGUAUAUGAUAGACACGGUCUAUUUAUAUAUUGAGACAAUAUUGGGCAACAAUCACGGGAUCAUUGACGUUGAUGUACCUCCGGUAGUUAAUCAACCAAAAAAUGAAAAUCAAGACUUGAAAGACUUAUUAAUAUUCUUAUGGGACAAUCUCAUAGAAGCAACAAAUCCAAAGAAAGUUAUUUUAAUAGGUGCUGGUCGUGGCUGUCGAAGUUUAGCAGGACUUAUUAAUGAGAGAGACUAUAGUAUCAUGGAAAAAGUUGUAUGCACAAUCAUGAUACCUGGACCAAACGAAGUUCCUUCUGUAUCCAAAAGGACGGAUCUUUCAACUUGGUAUCAAAGCAACGCUAAUGUGCUGUUGCCGGCAAAUCAUCCAUUUUGGGAAAAGAAAAUUAAGAGAGAACAUGGAACAUGUAGCAAAAUUGAGGAUUUAAAUAAUAUGCCAGUUCAAGAUAUGCUUGUACAUUUACACAAUGACAUGUUUUCUCAUAUAAAUCAAAUAUUGGUGAAUGGCGGGCCUGCAAAUUCCUCGAAUGAAGAGAGGAAUAAUUAA